UCGCCGAUUGAAGGCCAUGCGUUCUCGCGAGAUUCGCUUCUGGUGAUCUCGGAAGACGGUCGCGUGACCAAAUCAAAGCUACGCGCGCGCCCAUUUCUUUUGAGGGCAAGCGAGUCACCGCCUGGAGCGGUUUGUGAGGGAGGCUGUUGUUAUUAGCCGGCUCGCUGAGUGGGUACGCUUGUGGCUGCCUUGAGGCAUUUAGCAUGCAACCGAACACCAUCACUUGUGAAACAGCUAUGCGCUUUUUCCCGCUCACCGCUUCAACACACUGGGGAAAGCUGCGAUUAGUAUAUUCGCUAAUAAUAUUGUGCGAGUAUAGAUUGUUUCGAAUUUCCAGUUCCCUGUUCUGUGUUGCUCUGCAAGCUCCGUUGAUUAGAGUCUGAUGUGCCCGUUCGUAGAGGUGGACACAGUUCCCAGGAGAAGGUGGGAGCACAAGUUAAUCCAAGGCUCUAUUCAAUUUAAGCUGCUGUGAAUGGCGGUACUCAAAUUAAGUACAGAAUAAAAACAUUUUAUUUUCGUAAAUGGAAAACAAUGGAUAAAGUCCUCACAACACAAGCAGGAGGAAUAGGCACUCCCCCUGUGCCAAGGAAAGUGGAAAGGAUGCCAAAGAAGAAGAGGAAAACUGCAGAUGGGCCCGAUUCCCAGACCCAGGAUCGGAAAGAAGAAGAGUCAAGAGGACUGUCCAAUACCAAGUUGAAGCGCAGUUUUAUGGAUGCAUGUAUUGUUAUAUCUGAUAGUGAUGGAGAGCAAGAGUCAAAGGAGGAACACUGUCUGCAGAAGAAAAGAACAAAGCAGCAGCUGGAUAGAACGAAGUUUGCAGCAAAAAGAAAAAUUACACAGAUGACGGAAGAUGAGCAGUUUGCCCUGGCUCUGCAAAUGAGUGAGCAAGAAGCCAGGCAUCUGAACUCGCAAGAGGAGGAGGAAGAAGAAUUGCUGAGAAAGGCCAUUGCAGAGAGCCUCGGUAGUUGCCAGCCUUCUGGUUCUUCUGCUGCAGCGGCCAUGCCUCUUGUUGCCCAGGCACCAGCAUCUCCAGUGGAAAGCCACGCAGCUGAGCAAGAGGCUUCUGAGCUCCUUGCUGCUCCGCUGCCUUGCUCGGAGUCGCCUUGCUCGGAGUGCAGCUCGCUCUCGCUCAGAAACGAAGCUGAUGAGAAUGGACAGACAGAUGUUGCCAAGAGGCCCCUUGUAGUCCUGACGAGGUUAAGCCAGGAGAUAGUUGAAAGCUCGCUAGUCUCUAGCAUAAUUGUAUCUCCAGGGAAAAGUCCGACUUUAGCAAGGUCAAAUGAAAACCCUUCCUCACCAGCAGGGAGUGAUUCUAGUGACACACCACCCAGUUUAGAGGAGGAGAACCCAAUUACCUUAAGUCCUACUUUCCCCCAAAGGCCUCUGGGAGCUUGGCCACUGGCACCUCACAGACUAUUUGCCAGAGAGUGCGGCCAACAAAAACCAACAGGCAAAAACAUAGACCAGCUUCCCCCAAAUUACUCAGAAGCAGACCCUCCUGAGGGUUGCUCAAAAACCCACAAGAAAGUGCCUCAGCAGCACAGCGUUUUGGACCAUUCCAGUAAUCCAGGUGCUGAGCUGGGACAGCAGUUGGAGCAUGGCAAGGAGCCUGUGCAAAGGCCUGGCAUGUUAGAAAACACCCCACCGCUUUGCACCCUUCCUAUGGCAGAUGAAUGCAAGCAAGAAGAGGACCAUGGCACAGUGCACUACUACUGGGGUGUUCCAUUCUGCCCUAAAGGGGUGGAUCCCAACAAAUACACCCAAGUCAUCUUGUGCCAGCUUGAGGUUUACCAGAAAAGCCUGAAACAGGCUCAGAGGCAGCUCCUCCAGAAGAAGAGGUUUGGGGAGCCAGUCGUUCCAGCUCUGUGUACUUUGAGGCGAAGUGAACGUGGGAAAGGGGAGGAGGCCUUUAGGGGAUGUGAUGAUGCAGAUGAGCAAGAAGGAGGAGAUGCAGAUGAGAAAAAAGAACCCGAGAGCGUAGCCUGGCUUCUGGCCCCAACAAAUAAGGAGCCUCACAAAAAUCCAGAACAGAACAUGGCAGAAGGGGGAAACUCGGACCAUGAAGAUGAGCCAGCCAGUAGCUCCUGUCAGGCCUCCCAAGUGCUGUUUGCAGAAGAUGCACUUGAAGAAGGGGAACCCAUGCAGAUUACGCAAAGCAUUUCUGCCUUGACCCCCCUGGACAGCAAGAGGAGCCCAGACAUUGCCGCAGAGAAUAAUGCUGAGGAAGAAGUCACCAUUUGCCCUGAGACCCAGCCGAGUCCAUCACAAGCUAUCGAGCCCGAGAGCGGAGAAAUCCAUUCAUCCAGCAAAGAUGUCUCUCUGCAGGCUGAUGAAGAUACUAGGGAGAAUGUAUCUGCACGCAGCCCUCCAGCUGAUGACCCCAUGUCGUGCCCACUGUGCGAUCGCAGAUUCCCUGUUUCGGAAAUUGAGUUGCAUGCCAUGUAUUGUAAUGGCACAGGAGAAGAUGCAUUUGAAGAUAUGCCAGCCAUCCUCCUUGGGACUAUCCAUGCAAGCCCUGGCUUUGCUGAGAGUCUCGCACCUUCUAGAAUUGUAAGCCUGGUUCUGGAGAAGACAGGGCUCUUGAAAUCUACUUCCAGCAUUCUUAUGUGGGUGAAGUUUUCCAUAUCUGCUCUGGGCUGUGAAGGGGAGUCAAUGAUGACUCGGCGACAAAGAGAAGCCAAGAGUAAAGCUACCGGUGGCAAGGAGAUGACAGAAUCUGUCGACAUUGACAAGUAUGAGAAGUGUUACGUCUGCAAGUCUCAGGUGCCGCGGAAGGAAUAUCGGAGGCAUGUUGACAACUGCCUUUGGAUUCAGGCUGCUAAUGGAACCCCAGGAGGCAGGAGGCUGCGGUGUGCAAAGGAAGAGGGAGGAAGUGAAGGCCGGCUCCUGAGCAUGCUGGAGCAAUCUGAACGUAAAGCCGCAGAUGCAAAGGUGACUACCACACCAUCCAGAGGAGAAGGCUCGAGAGACAGCUCACCUGAGGCGGACAAAGAGGUGGAAUGCCAUCAGGAUGUCUGGGGUGCUUGUAGUGACUCUCCCAUUAAAUCCUUCACUUCCAUUUCUGAAGCCAAAGUCUGCCUAGUGGACUUUAAAAAACAGUCGGUCAUUGGCUCAGGCAGUCAGCACCAGACCAAAGCCAACUUCAGGAGCAAGAAGAAAUUCUGAGAUUUGCACAGUGGAGAUGGGACCUACACAUGGAAUAGGUGGCAGAUCUUUCUAUUUCACUUACCUUGCUUGGCAGGAAGAGCACAGCAUCCUAACUAGCUUAAUCUGUACAUUUUGUAUGAACUAUACAGGGAUUUGUCAUGUCUUGAACUAAUUGUGGUCUUUAUAGGUGCCUAUUCAACCUUGCUUUUCAGUUACGAAAGAAAAUGAAUUAUAUUUAUUAUGUUUUUAUAAACUGCAAUUUGCUGGUG